AUGAAGGUCAUUUACCUCACAUGUUGGCUCUCGAGCCCGCUACUGCUUGUUAGCAGCCAGGCUACUGCCCAACCUGGAGGGAAUUUAGAAGUUAGCGAGAUCCAGAAGAUCACGGACGCUUCUCAAGGUGGCUUCCGCCCUUUCAUUGAGUUUUCAGUUGCAGGCCAGGUCAUGAGAGGCUUGCUUGAUACAGGAAGUAGUGACUUGAAUAUUCCGAAAACGGGAAGCGAGUUCUGUCGUGGCGAAGGAGAGCAGUGUGACGGACGUACCACCGGCUUCAAAGCUGGAUCGCUCGACGUCAAUAAGAACAAAACCGACAUUCGAGACCUAAAUAUUCCCCUAAACGCAACUUUUACCGGAGGAGCCGCAUUCGUUGGUACGUUUAUCGAAAGUUCUCUUCAGGUUACUCCCGGCGGAAAAGAGGUUCCCGUGCGGAUGGGCCUCGUGGAAUCAGGAGGCGUGCCUCCCGGUCAAGUCAGCUUUCCAGUCAUGGGCAUUGGCCCAAUUCAAGGAGAAUCUGCGAAAGAUCCAUAUCCAAAUGUCCCAGCUCGGUUUAAACAAGAUGACCUAAGCAAAUCAAACGCAUAUGGCCUGUAUCUUGGAGACUUCCGAUCUCCUAACAACGGAUCUCUGGUUUGGGGUGGAUUCGACGCCGCCAAAUUCGAGGGCGAGCUUAAAGCCGCACCACUACUCAAACCCGAUGGGGAUUCUUUGCCCGCGUUUGUCGUGGAUUUUAGCUCAGUUGGCUUGGCCCCCUCCAGGGAUACAGAUCAAGGAAAUAAUUCGCAAGGACGCCCUAAUCGACAGAAAAGUGCGGUUUCCGAAUCUGACGACAGCAUACCAUGGUCAGGGGAGUUUAAGACAUCUGCAUUCACGAGUCGCCGUCUAGAUAACGCCCGAGUCCCAUCAUAUGCGCACACCUCACAGAGCCUAUCAACACGUGAUUUACUACAGCGACAGCAGAGGGGAAAUCUGCUCUCCAACGAUGCACCCCCGGUAGCAUGGCUUGAUACCGGUGUGCCUGAAAUCAUCCUCUCCGGUGGAACAUUGGAUGCAUUGGGGCGGAGGCUGGGCGCGCGACCUGGGCCGCAAGGCGAGUUCCUUGCGGACUGUAACCGUAUACGCGGUAUGGAUCUAACGCUUGGAAUGAAUCAAGACAAUGUUCAAGUGAGGGUGCCUCUUGAUUCCAUCAUUGUUGCACCUGAUCCUGGAAGUGGUGCAGGAGAGCCCGGCAAUGCUGGACGUGGGAAUUCAAGACAGCCUCAGAGAGGCAGAAAUCAGCGAGGUCCCAAUAAGGGCCAGAAUAAUGGGAAGGGCCGCGGAGGCAAUCGGCAGGGCGGCAAUCAGCAGGGCGGCAAUCAGCAGGGCGGCAAUCAGCAGGGCGGCAAUCAGCAGGGCGGCAAUACCCCCAAUGGUAAUGGUCAAGGAGGUAAUGAUAAUAUCGGCAGCGGCACCUCGCCGGGCGCUGGUGCCGGGACUUGUCAACUCGCCAUAGCUCCAGUUCAGGGCAACGGACCUACAGAUAUUCCUGUUCUUGGAGCACCAGCACUACAGAGUAUGUAUGUUGUGUUUGACAUGGAUUCCAAGGCCCUGAUGAUAGCCCAAGCGAAGAUGAACGAGACGAGGACUGAUAUACGAGAGUACAUUCCAGGAGGUGGAAGCUAA